AUGGCUCCUCGUGGACUCUCCGCCGAAGAAAAGCGCGUCAAAUUGCUCGAGAUCUUCCAUGAGACCGUGAAUACUAUUGGUUACCAACUAAAAGAAUUAGAGAAGCUGGGACCAAAGAUGAAGGGAAUCGUAUCACAGUCGGUCAAGGAAGUGUUGCAAGGCCUCGUCGAUGACGGCCUCGUGCAAGCAGAGAAGAUUGGCUCAUCAAACUUCUUUUGGAGCUUUCCGUCUCAGAGAGGAGCCAUGAUGCAAAACCGUUUGAAUACCGUCAAGGAGAGUCAAGCUGCGCAACGUGCCCAACUCGCUGAAAUACGCGCAGCGAUUGAGGCUGAGAAGGCUGCAAGGCCUGACAGUGUCCGUCUCUUCUCAUUAUUCUCUGAUGUAGCCGAGCGCAACGCAGCACUGACGAAGCUCGCCGUAGCUAAUAACGAGCUUGCAGCUCUGGAGAGUGAACUCGCAGCAUAUGGGGCAUGCGAUCCCGCGAAGGUAGAAGAAAAGAAGCGAGCGGUGACGCUUGCGAAGGAAGCCGCAGUGCGCUGGACCGGUGAGAGGCGCUUUGGUGCACGUAAUCGUGCGAUGCUGACGUGCUUUAACGGAGACAACUACAUUCUGCUCCUCUCGUACUUCACGCGUCAAAGCUGCGUGGAACCUGCUGAAAUCAAGAAAUAUCUCGGCGUGGACGAUGAAUACGAGGAUAUCUGCUAG